AUGAUAGAGGAGGACCUGAAGACACCCGUCGGUAGGGCUGAGUUGAAGAAGUUAUUCAAUCUGUGCGAGAGUUUAGACACCGCCGACACUUACGAUGUGUACAACUUUGCCGAGAGUCUGACCGACGCCGUGGCAGUCGUUGUUCAGUAUAACAAUGAUAUGAAAGGCUUUUGCCGGACUGUCACCGACAAGACUGGUGGCGCCCGGGCUAUAGACCGGUACGCGCGGGCACAGGCCUCCCUUCACGGCGGACAGUGUAUUGACUUUAGCUAUAAGAAUCUGGUCAAUAGUAUCAGCCAUACGUCCAAACAUUCACCGGCCGUCUCAACAGGACUGAGGCAAUGGACUUAUCAAACGUGCACUGAAUUCGGUUACUAUCAGACCACUAGCCUUAAAGACAAUCCGUUUGGACAUAACAUUCCCGUCGAGUUUUUCACCAAACAGUGCGCCGAUAUUUUUGGUGUUUCAGCACAGGCUGUCCAGAAAGCCAUCAGUCAGACCAAUGCCUAUUACGGGGCCCGUAAGCCACAUGUCACAAAUGUAGUGUUGCCUAACGGGUCACUCGACCCCUGGCACUCACUCGGUAUCCUUAAAGACAUUAAUAACAGUACCAAAGCUGUUAUGAUUGACGGCGGGAGUCAUUGCAGAGAUAUCGAACCGAAUCCGGGUUUCAAUUUAUUUAUGGGUCGACCGACCGAUGGAUUCGGUUUUGUUAGACCACCGGUUGUUAGUAAAGAGGAUAAGUUGGCCAAUGAGGUGAAGGAGCAGUUUUAUGACCAAAAGCUCGACCACUUUAACGAACGUGAUAAUCGUACAUUUAAACAGCUUUAUUUCAUGGAUGACUCUAAUCAUGAAACUGAUGGACCGGUAUUUCUUAUGAUUGAGGGCGAGGGCGCCGCUCAGUCAUCGUGGGUUACCUUUAGUUUUAUGGCACAAAUGGCCCAAAAAUACGGCGCUUUGGCCGUGUCUUUAGAGCACCGGUAUUACGGAAAAUCCAUUCCCACACCAGACCUGUCCACUCAAAACCUCAAAUACCUGUCGAGUGAAAUGGCGCUGAAAGACACGGAACAGUUUGCACUGUAUUUGACCAAAAAGUUAUCACUUGAAGGCAGCAAAUGGGUUGUGUUCGGGGGCUCGUAUGCGGGCGCUCUUGCGGCCUGGUUUAGGGAGAAGUACCCCAACAUAGCUGUCGGUGCCAUAGCGUCGAGCGCACCCGUCGGGGCUGUCGUCGACAAUAUGGGGUAUAUGGGAGUCGUUACUGAACUCUUAGGAAAGGAGAGUUCGGAUAUAAUCAGGAAAGCCUAUAUUGAAUUGGAAGAGCUGUUGAAAACACCGGAAGGUGUGAUAAAAUUACGCAAAACAUUGGAUUUAUGCGACACUUUUGACGGCAAAAAUGUCACAAAUAAUCAUUAUUUGUCGUAUAAACUGAUGUGGGCUUUAGUAAAGAUGGCAUAUCUCGUCAAUCCCAAGGAUGAUAUACAAUGGGUGCAAAAGGGAUUGACCGACCCAUUAGGGGGUACUCCACUGCAACGCUAUGCCAACACCAGUUGCUUUCUAUGCCACCAAAAGUGUAACGAAAUUAAUUACGACGAUCUGAUCCGACCGUUAAGAAACACCUCCAUUGAUAACUCUGGAAACAGACAGUGGUUGUAUCAGACGUGCACUGAAUUCGGUUACUAUCAGUCGAGUGAUCUCCCGAACAGUCCCUUCGGACACAACAUUCCCGUCGAGUUCUAUACUCAAAGAUGCGCUCAAAUUUUUGGCCCUGAAUUCACGGUCCAAACCAUUCAAAAAGCGGUCGACCGGACGAACGCCUAUUACGGGGGUCUAAAGCCAAACGUAACAAACGUGGUGUUCCCUAACGGGUCACUCGACCCCUGGCACGCACUCAGUGUCCUUAAAGAUCUCAAUAACAGUACCAAAGCUGUUGUGAUUGAAGGCGGCGGUCAUUGCGAUGAUAUUGAGGCAAUCAGUGGACGGCUCUUAUUCCGGGGCCGACCCGUCGAUAAGCACGGAAUGGUUAGACCACCGGUGGCUCCAAUCGGACACUUCACUCAAAGCUUGGCUCAAACUUACAAACAGAAAGUCAAUCAUUUAGACCCCAAAGACAACCGCACUUUCGAUCAGCUGUAUUUCACGAGUGGCACCCACCACAAACCGGGAGGGCCCUUGUUUUUAUUUUUUGGCGGUGAGGGUGCGGCCAGUGCUGGUUGGCUGGAGUCCAGUUUCAUGGCUGAUAUGGGCCGCAAAUACGGCGCUUAUCUCGUAGAGCUGGAGCACCGGUACUACGGAGUGUCCCAACCCUUUGACGAGCUGACCGUCGAGAAUAUGAAAUACCUGUCCAGCGAACAGGCAUUACAGGACACCGACGACUUCUUACACUUUUUACUUAAAAAUCUAAAACUAGAGGGCAGUAAAGUGGUUGUGUUCGGGGGUUCUUAUGCCGGAGCACUGGCCGCUUGGUUUAGGGAGAAGUACCCGAAAACAGCCGCCGGUGCCAUAGCCUCGAGCGGACCCGUCGAGGCUGUCGUUGACUUUAAGGAGUAUUUAGGAGUCGUUACUAAUUCGUUGGGAAAGGAGUGUUCGGAUAACAUAAGGUAUGAUAACAAACAUCAUUAUCAGUGA